AUGGGAUCUGCCUCCUCCACUUACCGGCCCAAAUGUAUUUAUUUGGACAUUGAUGGAAGAAUUCAAAAGGUGAUCUUCAGUAAAUACUGCAAUUCCAAAGAUAUUAUGGACCUUUUCUGCAUUGCAACAGGGUUGCCGAGGAACACAACCAUCUCCCUUUUGACAGCAGACAACUGCAUGGUGUCCAUUGAUCCCACGAUGCCUGCAAACACGGAGAGGUCUCCAUACAAAGUGAUACCAGUUAUGACUGAGCAGCUCUCAGAGAAAGAAGAAUUGUUCCAGAAUUUAUUGGGACAGAUUGCUGAGCAGUUCUCGAGGGUUUUUAAAAUCAAUGAACUGAAAACGGAAGUAGCUAAUCACUUGGCAAUGCUGGAGAAAAAGGUUGAAUUGGAAGGCCUGAAAGUGGUGGAGAUUGAGAAAUGCAAGCGUGACAUUAAAAAGAUGAGGGAGGAAAUGGCAGCAAGGAGCAGCAGGACUAACUGUCCCUGCAAGUACAGCUUUUUGGAUGAAAGCAAGAGGCCGGCUCCCCGGCGGGAUGUGCCAUCCUACCCAAAGUACAUGCUGUCCCAGGAGACCAUUGAGGCUCUGCGGAAACCAACUUUUGACGUCUGGCUGUGGGAGCCCAACGAGAUGCUGAGCUGUUUGGAGCACAUGUACCACGACCUUGGGCUGGUAAAAGACUUCAACAUCAAUCCUAUCACGUUGAAGAGGUGGCUGCUGUGCAUCCACGACAAUUACAGGAACAACCCCUUCCACAAUUUCCGGCACUGCUUCUGCGUCACGCAGAUGAUGUACAGCAUGAUCUCGCUCUGCAGCCUCCAGGAGAAAUUUUCCCAGAUUGACAUUUUGAUUCUCAUGACUGCAGCAGUGUGCCAUGACUUGGACCAUCCAGGCUAUAACAACACCUACCAGAUCAACGCGCGGACGGAGCUGGCCGUGCGCUACAACGACAUCUCCCCGCUGGAGAACCACCACUGCGCCGUGGCCUUCCAGAUCAUCUCCCAGCCAGAAUUCAACAUCUUCUCCAACGUGGACCAGGACCAGUUCAAGCAGAUAAGACAGGGGAUAAUUACAUUAAUCCUGGCUACAGACAUGGCGAGACAUGCAGAAAUACUGGACUCUUUCAAGGAAAAAAUGGAAAACUUUGAUUACACAAAUGAAGAACACAUGACCUGUCUGAAGAUGGUGCUGAUAAAAUGCUGUGAUAUCUCCAACGAAGUCCGCCCGAUGGAGGUGGCAGAGCCCUGGGUCGAUUGCUUACUGGAGGAGUAUUUUAUGCAGAGCGACCGAGAAAAAUCUGAGGGGCUCCCGGUGGCGCCAUUCAUGGACCGCGACAAAGUGACCAAACCCACGGCACAGAUCGGGUUCCUCAAGUUCGUGCUCAUCCCCAUGUUCGAAACAGUGACAAAGCUGUUCCCAGAAGUGGAGGAGGUGAUGCUCCAGCCUCUUUGGGAAUCCAGGGACCACUACGAGGGGUUAAAACAGAUAGAUGAUGCUAUGAAAGAGCUGCAGAAACAGAAAAGUGACGUUUUGACCACCGGCAGUACCGAAAAGUGAGAGGAAACAGCCUUUGAACAAAUCAACCACGAGCCUUGAGGCUACUCUGGUUUGAGAAAUGCUGUGUUAGCCAAGCAGAGGUGGUGGCUACGUCAAAAUCCAAGUGGGACCAUGCAGGGAGAGAUGAAUCCACAGCCUGCAGCCUCCUCCCAGAGGUGCUGCUGCCGUCGGACACCGCGGGCUCCCCAGACUCUGGCAUUCCCUCCACAACCUCCUGGCAGGAUUCCCCAGGCUCCUGAAUUCCCACCACAGCCUCCUGGCAGGAUCCCCCAGGCUCCUGAAUUCCCACCACAGCCUCCUGGCAGGAUCCCCCAGGCUCCUGAAUUCCCACCACAGCCUCCCAGCAGGAUUCCCCAGCUCCAGCAUUCCCACCACAGCCUCCCAGCAGGAUUCUCCCUGCGGACACUGCUCAGGCUGCAGCACAGCUCCAACCUCCAUCAGAUCUGCCUUUUGGGUGACCCAGCUGCCUGCAGGCUGUAGAGACAAAUCAGAGUUUAGUUAAGGAGCCUUUUUCUGGGAAAUGAUGCCCUGGCACCAGGGGUUGUUUUAGUUGAGGUACUCUCUAUAUGUGUACAGCAGUAUGCUAACUACAGCAGAGCUCACCAGAUGCUUAUACACUGACAAGGGUCCAGGCAUACAUUUUUGUUUGCCUGGUAGGCCCUAAUGACACAUUUCUCCUCAUUAUUCUCUGAAUUUUAUAGUGUUCACAGUACAUUCAGAAGCCCAGCAUAGUGGAUGCAAUUUCCUUUUUUUUUUUUUCUACACUAGAAGAAAUCAGAAGAAACCUUAGUGAGUUUGCAGGGUUGCUUUGUGGCCUGGUACAGUUGGACACCACGGGAUCCUUCGGCAUGAGCAAAGAAGGGAGCACAAAGCUGAAAAAACCAUGGUGCAAACACAUUUUUAUCCUUGUUGAUGCAAAAAAAAAAAAAAAAAAACCAACAAGAGACACCUUCAAAGAUGUACAGAUUUUUUUUUUUUAACUUUUAAACCAAUCUGCUAAAUAAUAUAUUCUUCUACAGAAA